CAUAUGAGGUGAACCUGCUUUACUUGCGGUCACAGUGGAUGCAUUGUGGUGGUCAGCUAGCGGCGGCAUAUUAACUUAUGAUGAUAUCAGCUAGCUUGGCGGCUAGUUAGCUAACUUAGUUUGCCAACGUGGCGCUUACUCGACUUAGCUAGCAAACUGGCUGUCUGGUUUGACCGAUGUUGCUGGCGGAUGAAUUUAUUGUUUUUCAUCAUGUCGAUAUCGUUCCGUUAUUUUUAGCUAGCACUGCAUGCUAGCGCAGCUAAUAGCGGUAGGCAAAGCGUGACUAAUCGGUCUGUUGUUUGAAAAACAAUACAAAUGGAAGAGUGGCAGGACGCGGCCUCUCAGCAGGUCAAGCUGCUUACAAAUCGUCUGAAUGAACUGUUAUCCAAAGGCCUGGAGUUGCUGCGGUCCGAGCUCGGCGUGGAUUUGGGACUGAAGCCUGAGCUUAUUCCGCCAUGGAUGAUCCUCUUAGCGGCAUGUACCGGGCUGGUGCUGAUGGUCGCUCUGUGGGCCUCAGUCUGUCGGGCUCUUUUCAAGAAGCGUCCGGCUGUGAGCUCGGUGGACGACGGAAUAGAAAUAAAACGAAGUGUCAGUAAACCCGUCAAAACCGAGGAACCGAAGAAAAAGAAGAAGAAGGCAGAAAAGAAAUCUCAGCCAAAUGGAAGAGCUGUUGCUGAACCACAGGAAGAAGCCAUAGUGUCGGAGGAGAUCUUGCCACAUCACCAGCCGCCCCCAGCAGAAGUCAAGGCUGAAAAGGUUACUGAGGCAAAGAAGUCCAAGAAGAAGGCCAAACAGGCUGUAAAGGAGACUAAGACAGUGACUGCGGAUGGGAAAGAACCAGAAGAAGGCACAUGGGAAACCAAGGUCAGCAACAAGGAGAAACGUGAGCAACGCAAGAAAGAUAAGAGUUCCAGCGAUGGCUCGGCCAGUCCCGGAGGAGGGGACACACCUGUGAGUGCUCCCCCAGAGCAGCCGAAGGCCUCUGCAGUCCCCGCACCUGCCAACCAGAAGAAGAAAAAAGGAGAGUCCACCAAAGUGAAGGCAGAUAAGGUGGAAACUGUUGUUUCUCAAGUUAACAACAGUGAGGCAGCAGAGGUGGCUACUGUGGCGACUGACAUGACAGUCAAGGUGCCUGCUCACAAAGUUACCCCAAAGAAAGGCCCCUGGACGACCAGCAGAGAGUCAGCAUCACUGUGGAGGUCGGGCAUUGAUGAGUCGUGGACUGUGAUAGACCGGGGCAUGCCCACAACGGAACUAAAUCUGGUGUCUUUGAGUGGGCUGGGAGUUGGAACUGCUGAGCCCCAACCUGUUAGUGAGCUGUCCUGGCUCAGUCAGCCCAGAGUGGACGAUGAGUGGUCUGGACUCAAUGGCAGUUCGGCCGACCCCAGCUCUGACUGGAAUGCUCCCUCUGAAGCCUGGGGAAACUAUGAAGAGCCCAAACCUAAUCCUCCUCGUGCUCCGGAGCUGCCCACCCCAGAUCCAGCCAAGGAGGAUGAUGAAGAUGAGAAGGACAAGGGAGAGACAGCUGCUGAUGGAGCAGCUAAAACCAAGAAGAAGAAAAAGAAGAAGAAGAAGGCUGCUGAGGAGGGAGGAACAGCUGGCCAGGUUGAGGAGCCAGAGAAGGAGACAGCACCCCCAGCCUCAGUGAAGAAGCAGCCACCUGUUCAGGAAAUCACUGCUGCCGUCCAGUCUGUGCCAGCAGCUGCCGUUGAGGCAAGAGUGGAGCGUCCAGUGAAGGACAACAAAUCCCAGAAACCCCCUGUCACACAAGUGCCACAGAAGCCAACUGAUGGAGAGCCCACUGCCAAGCAGAAUAACCAUCCUGCUCCAGCACAACAAAAAAAACCUGAGGAGAGCCAAGCGCCCAAACCAGCAAAGAAGAAGAAGGCAAGAAGAGAGACAUGAGACAGACUCCACUCUGCAGACCUCUGUAUGCAAAAGACUUCAUAUCCUGUUUAUGCAACACCUUUUGUGACAAGAACUUUGAAUUAAAGUCUUCAUGGUGGACUUAACCUUAAAAACCUGUCUGGAAAAUGAAACAACUUUUGUACACAUCAUGUGUCAGUUGGCGGAUCAUUGAAAACUGAAACUAGAUGCAGUGCAAUCUAAUGUAAUGGGGUGUUAAUGAUUUUUAAGUAUGCAUUUGAUACUCUGAUUCUGUCUUCUAAUUCCACUGAAUCAAAUAACUGACUGAAGGAGCUGUAUUGUAGUGAUUAGACAUGUAGAAAAUACUGAUCAUGUUUAGAAAUGUGUUGUCAUGGUGGCUUAUGAGUGGAACUUACUAUGUAGAGAAUGAGAAACGGUCAACGGGCAUCAGGUCACACAACACUGGGUCAUAAUGUUGAACUGGCCUUUGCUUUGCAGUCUUUUGUUUUGCUCUGUCAUUUGUGAGCUGCAAUGGUACAGUUUGCCCUGUUUGGGUAAAAAGAGCAGAGAGAUCAAAUGUUUAUUUCUUGUCAACGGUUCGGGCUCAACAUGGUGUCAGCAUUUGUGAAGUAAAUGAGCAUAAUUACACGCAGAAAAGGGAAUCAUGUCCGCUAUGUACUUUUGCAUUAUCUGUGAUUCCGAGCAUUUCGUCGACUCUGUCCAUCUGGUUUGUCCCUUGUCCGAUGUUGUACUGCGGUGUGUCGAGACAACUGUUUCCUUGCUGUUUUUGCUGUCUGUGACUGCUUUAUGGCUGCGACUGCGUGGGAGCCUUUGAUCAUAGACGUACCAUUGCAGUGUCAUCAACCUCUUCAUGAUUUUCCACCUGUGGGUGAUUCAAAAGUCUUCAGAACCUUUUGUAAAACUCAUUUGUAAUAAAAGAAAAGCUAAAGCCAUAUGUAAAAAGACUAAAUAAAGGCCAGUUUUUCUAAACUGUG